AAAGGAGGCAGGAAAAUGUGUAUAGGAGUGGAAGGUGAGGUGUGUGGUACCCGCUGUCCAGCCAACCCUUGUGUUUCGUCAGUGUGCGCCAGACUUCGGUGGGGAGUAUACGCACAUUCUAUCCUAUCACGAAAACCCACUGUUUAUUUCGUUCUCGACCUAUUAAUUCACCAGGAUAAAAAUACCCAAGUGAUACGACUCCCUGACCUUCAACAGCACUCAAGCAUCACAUUGUCUCGUGUGAAAGCCGUGAAAACAAGUGAGAGUUUUAGCAACACAAGAAGUCUACCUGUAACAGGUUUGACCAUGAAGUGCCACCUGGCCCUCUUGCUUCUUGUGGGCUUCCUGGCACCCUCUGCCCGGGCCACUUUCAUGACCCAAGAGAACACCUUUUACCAGCUGGACUGCCCAGGAGGUGGUGACAUGGCCUAUUUCUUGCUGCAUGGGGUGAAAAAUGCUCUGCCUGUCUUCUACACCAAUGAAGAACGCGUCUUCCCCAAUGGCAGCAUUAUAUUUAAGUCUAUCAAGGUGCACCACGAGGGGACUCACCUGUGCAUGAGAAAACAGAACGGAAGCAUGUUCGGCCACCCCGUCUCCGUACGUGUCCGCCCCCUUCCUCCUACUGACCUCUGGAGUGAAGUCUAUCGAACUCAGUUCAUAACGGGUCUAAUCGCUGCCCUUGUCAUCGCUGCUGGCUUCACUCUAGGCUGCUUUGUCUACAAGAAUCAGUGGAGACCUAAAGUCCAAGAUAAUGCGGAUGAGCCCAUUGUCAGGAGCGAUGGGUAUGACAAUCCGGUCAUGAAUAAUGUGGAUGAUAUAGAGGCGUCUAACACCAAGAUGUAGUGUUAUCUAACACAAGGAUGUAGUGUCAUCCAACACCAGGAAGAAGUGUCGUCCAACAUUAAGAUGCACUGUCGUCCAACUUAUAGAUAUAGAGGUUUCGAACACCAGGAUGUAGUGCCGUCCAACACCAGGAUGUAGUGUCGUCCAACACAGAUAUAGUCAUUUCUAACACCAGAAUGUAGUGUUGUCCAACACAUAGAUAUAGUCGUUUCCAACACCAGGAUGUGGUGUUGACCAUCAGGAUAUAGUUCCGUCCAGCACCAGGAUGUAGUGUUGUCCAUCAGGAUAUAGUUCCGUCCAACACCAGGAUGUAGUUCCAUCCAACACCAGGAUGUAGUGUCGUCCAACACCAGGAUGUAGUGUUGCCCAUCACCAGGAUAUAGUUCCGUCCAACACCAGGAUGUAGUGCCGUCCAACACCGGGAUGUAGUAUCAUCUAACACAGAGAUAUAGAGGUUUCCAACACCAAAUGUAAAGUUGUCAAACACCAAGUUAUAGAGGUGUUCAACACCAGGAUAUAGAGUUGUUCAACACCAAGAUAUAGAGAUGUUCAACACUAGGAUAUAGAGGUGUUCAGCACCAAGAUUUAGAGGUGUUCAACACCAAGAUAGAGAGAUGUUAAACACCAAAGAUAUAACAAACUUACACUGAAACUUUGCUUUAUCACAGAGACACAUUUUCACAUUUUCACCAUUUUGGUCCAAAGAAAUAUUGCAAUAAAAUUUAAAUGUCAAAAUCUAUAUAUACCAUAUAGUAUAAGCUUAUGAAUGAAAAUUAUAAUUUUUUAUUGAAAACAAGAUUUUAACUACACAUACAUUAUUUACUGUAAUACAGUACCUGCACACUGAUGGAGGGUGGGGAUAUUUGCAGUAUGGAGGGGCAUCUGAUUUAUAGUAUCAGUGUGCCUCUGGCUAGAGAGUGCUUAGUGUGAGUGAUGGUGAAAAUAUUUCUUCUUUUUUUGCAUCACUCUGCCUCAGUGGGAGAUGGCUGAUGUGUUAAAAAAAGUUACAUGAUAAUCUAGUAAGGACUAAUUUUUUUUUUUUUUUUUUUUUUUUUUUAUCCAACAAGUUGGCCGUCUCCCACUGAGGCAGGGUGAUCCAAAAAAAGAAAGAAAAUCCCCCAAAAGAAAAUACUUUCAUCAUCAUUCAACACUUUCACCCCACACAUAAUCACUGUUUUUGCAGAGGUGCUCAGAAUACAGCAGUUUAGAAGCAUAUACGUAUAAAGAUACACAACAUAUCCCUCCAAACUGCCAAUAUUCCAAACCUCUCAAAGUGCAGGCAUUGUAAAUAGCACCAUUUAUUAUGAAUGUAUAAAAUCUAUUAUUGUAUUAUCUUUAUAUGAAAGAUUCAUUUUUUGUUUUUGCAAGAUUCAUUUUUAAGCAUUUUCAUUAUUAUUACUGUAUAUUUUGGCAAAUAAUAUUUAAAAAAAGCAUCUUAUAGCUACUGUAUUAAUCAAUGGCAAUGUAAAUGAGGUAAUUUUAUGCAUAUUUUAGCAAAUUAAAAACCAUAAAACUUC